AUGGAACAUAAAUCGCCUCGAUCGCCGAGCCCCUCCGCGUCGUCUGGGUUUCUCCGACUCGGUCGACGCGGGUCUAAGGCCUCACUAGCGACUACACGAACCGAACGAGAAAAUAAAGAUGCAGCUCUAGACCAGAUCCAUAACGCUGCGUAUCAGUCCGACUCACUGACACAUUUCAACGACUUCACCAGCCCCCCGACCCCUAUAUCGGCCCACGAUGAUAAAGGCCUAUCAGAGGAGCUACAGGGAGGGUUGAGUGGACUUUACACUCGGUUCAGAACCUCCGUUGGUGGUAUGAGAGAUAUCGUUAGUGGCGGGACAAGGCCGAUGGACAAGAAUGUGGUGGAGAGCCCCCCCAGUGAAAAGUCCGGUCCCAGAACGCUCGAUGACGAAGUCGGUUUCGGAUCUCGCAGCUCACCAUGGAGAUCUCGCAUCCAUCCGCAAGAGUCUGCCCCGCCCACCAAUAACGGCAAGAGCUCCAAGAUAUCUUCCAAAAGUGCCAGUAUAUCUUCGAAGGCGUCUGUUCCGCCGUCUCCAGGUAUCAAAGGCAGUAUUGCGCCUUUGACAAAGUCCAACACCGGCUCCAGUGCGGUUGAUCCCACCAUCACGCAGCUCCAUGCAAAUGCGGACCACCGCUCCCGAAGUAGCUCUGUUAACGUUCCUUCACAUGGACUUAAGAAUGCCGAGUCAGCAAGCAUUGGAAGCAGAGACGGUCCCGUAGAUCUGUCCUUGAGCCAAUCGUCUUCUGCACUAGACCAAAUUCACCCACACUCGCCCGUCUUAUCGACAAAGACACACGAGAGCAUCCAUGAAGACCACGAUUCGGUAGAUGCAGGCGGACCGGCCAUGUCAGCAAGCCAAGCCUCGGGAAUUCAUGCCAGGAAGUCAUCCGCAUCUGCUGAUCUGCCGAGGCUUCCAGAGAGCAUGUCUCAGUCUGCGUUAUCACGAAGUUCAAAGCAAUCUGACCCUCUCAAAGAAACGGCUUCUCAAGCUCAAGAAGCUAGAUCAAAUUCUCGAAUGUCUUUCAACCAGGGCGAGCCAGCAACCAUCGCACCCACACCCGCAAACGCCCAUUCUAAAUUCUUUCCCCAGGAUGGCGGAUCGUUUCGUACAGACCCUUCUGCUGAGAAUAUUGGCCAUAUAAAUCGCGAGGAGACAGGGAAGAAAUUGCCGUCGGAGGCUCCUGGCCUAACUAUGCUUAGCGACAGACUCAAGCCAACCACAGUCAACGCCAAGAAUAGACUCCCUGGGUAUGUGAUGUCUCGAGCUUCCACGGCAGAGUCGGCGACCACGGUUUCUUCCUUGCCUCCAAUUAAUACGGCCGUGCCACGAGUACCAGCCCCGCUAGAUAGCCGGGCCGCAGCACCUGGCUCCGAUGGUGUCAUAUCACAGCUACGAAGUAGAUUAAUGAGCAGAGACUUUUGGAUGCGUGAUGAGAAUGCGAAGGACUGUUUUCAUUGCGGUGAACCUUUUACAACAUUUCGCAGAAAGCAUCACUGCCGUACUUGCGGCCAGAUCUUUGACUCAAAAUGCACCCUUUUGAUCCCCGGUACUCAAUUUGGACAGCCUGGAUCUAUUCGCGUUUGCAAGCCUUGUGAACGAAUGAUAAAUGCUCAUGAGGAUGAUUCUUCUGAUUUUUCAGAUAGCGAGCAGAGCCCCGUUCUUAUGAACCCCCGGAUAUCUGAGCUCAGCUGGGGCAGUGCCCGUCCAUCUGUCGACGAUGAUGAUACUUCGUCCGUCAUAUCACAAUCAAUCGAUCAUGUGCUCAGAACUCCAACCAUGGCUAUCCCAGCCACACGGCGUGCAGGCGAGGGACAUAAUCGCCGAUCGGCAGUGCUUGAAAUCAACCCCGAACGUUCUUUGGCACGGCCGACAUCUUCCCGAUCCCUUAGAUCCUCCCUCGGAACUAGGCCCCAUUCAAUUAGCCACAAGCGCCACCAUUCUCGCCAACAAUUCAUUCGGAGCUUUAAGCCUUACCAUGACGAUCGAGCGCCAUUUCAGCGUCGCCAUGUUGAUGAUCUGAGCACAGAGUCUCGCCUUCCCGCUUUCCACAAAGACAAUAUCAUUGAUCCCGACCUUGCUCAAUACCUUUCAGAUGACGCAUCAAGUGGUGACGAACAGCCCAGUCUUUUGUCCGCGGUAACAGAUACCAACCUGUCUAAAAGUGGCGGUGACAGUGAAAAAGCCACUUUCGGUGGACUUCUUGCGGCUAUGAAAAAGGGCCGAUCAGCCUUCGGAGAACGCGGUAUCCCGAGCACCGCCCAACCCACUCGUGAUGCGGAUGAUGCUAGUAUAAGCAGCUCUAGAGCAGUGAAUCUGCCUCGUCCCUCACGUCGUCGGAAUCUAAGCGUUGCUAGCAGUGUCCACCAACGCCAGUCUCCCCGAGCUUCCAAAGACAGCAUGUUCCCACAGGAUACAUCCGUCCCGCCUGUCCCAUUCCCUGUCAAAUUAAGAGAAGCUGGAUUCAAGAUGACUAGAAGUUCAUCGAUGAGGAGAACCGGGGUCCCGCCAGUGGAACUGAACAAAGCUAGCUUGGAGCACGUUCGUAAGCUCCUGCGUCAGCUUCUGAUUGCGGCCUCUGUCCCGAACGAGGAGAGCUGGGAGAACGCUCUGGUGCCAAUUUUACUGAAGACAGCUGAUGAAGUGGACCCGGAUGUGCAGCGCGGAGAUGACAUGGAUAUCCGCCAUUACAUCAAAUUGAAGAAGAUACCAGGUGGGAGACCGGGAGACACCUCUUAUGUUUCAGGGCUGGUUUUCACGAAAAAUCUAGCUUUGAAAAGCAUGUCCCGAAGUAUCCCCUGUCCAAAUAUCUUGAUCCUCACAUUUCCAUUGGAGUAUGCUCGUCAGCAACAACAUUUCAUGAGUCUUGAGCCUGUCAUUCGACAGGAACGUGAAUUCCUGGAAAACCUUGUCAGUCGGAUUACGGCACUGAGGCCAAAUCUACUACUCGUUGAGAACAACGUCUCCGGUCUAGCUCUUGAUCUUCUUGAGAGAGCCCGCAUCGCAACCGCCUACAACGUGAAACCUUCCGUCCUCGAAGCUGUAUCAAGAUGUACUCAAACCAGAAUUGUGACUUCUAUGGACAAGCUCUUGACGACUGAACUGCGCAGUGAAUGCAGCAGCUUUGAUGUCAAAACAUACGUUCAUUCGGGCAGGAGGAAAACAUACAUGUACAUUUCCGGCUGUCCGAAAGAACUAGGGUGCACAAUUGUCCUUCGUGGUGCCGAAGAGGAUGUGUUAGCCCAAGUCAAGCAAAUUACCGAGUUCAUGGUUUAUGUCGUGUACAAUCUGCGCCUUGAGACAUGCCUGAUGCGCGAUGAAUUUGCAAAGAUACCAGCAUCGCCGGUGGAGCACGUCAAGGUCGCACCUCAUACUGAGAAGAAGGCCGGCGCCGACAAUGAAGGUGCCAAUGAAAGUGACCCAGCUUUGGUAGGACUGGAAUCUUCACAGACAACCGAAAAGUCGGCCGAAGAUCCAGAGAACCAGAAAUUGGCCGCUACUGAGACGAUCGAAGUUCCCGAAAAUGUUCCAAUGCCAACGUACUAUGACGACCUUGUCCAAGAUUACCAAAUGAAGAUCUUGUCUACUUCUCCUUUCGUCAAAUUCGAACCGCCGUACUUGCUGAUGCGUACCAGAGAAAUGGAACGAAGAUUGGCGUAUCUGAAAGGUCUCCGAGACAACGAUGGAUCCACGGGGGAUAUUUCAGAUGAAAAAGUAAAGCCACAGAAAUUCAUACUGAUCACACCUGAAAUGGUCCAUGAAUCACCGCGUGAUGCACCCUCCAAGGUCAAGGAAAUUUUGCGUGCAGCGCAUGAUGCAGAAUAUGACAGAGUCUUCUACCAUUACCAAACUCAGAAACGGCAGUGGGAAGCCUAUGUGGCGGGCAAUUCAAACAUGUUUGACCCGUAUUCUCAUCAGAACAUUGUCGUCCUUUACAGCCUUGUCUGUACGACAACGUCGGUCCCGUGUGCUGGGCCAGAUGUAUUUGCCCUGGAGUUUUACAAUGAGCACGGAGACGACGUCAUGUAUGAAGAGGAUUGCACGCUUGGCCAUUUUGUGCAGGCACUCUGUGGAUCAGCGAACCAUGCUUGUGGGGUGAAUGGCUGUGAGAAGCUCAUGUUCGAGCAUCAUCGCCAAUACGUCCAUGGUGACGCCCAACUGAGCGUGAUGCUCCAGCCUCAUGCCUCCAAGCUCCGAGGACUGCAAGACGCAGUCCUGAUGUGGAGUGUUUGCAAAAUUUGCGGACAUGAGACUCAAGCUACCUUGAUGUCGGAAAGUACUUUCAAAUAUUCUUUCGGCAAGUAUCUUGAGCUCUCGUUCUGGGGAAGAAAUCUGCACGCGCGUGCCGGUGUUUGUCCGCACGAUCUCCAGAGAGACCAUCUCCGUUACUUUGGCUUUAAAGACGUUGCUGUGCGCAUCCAAUACGAUAAAAUUCAUCUCCUCGAGAUAAUUGUUCCACGACCUCGAGUCACCUGGAAGGUGGAUAAUGAUUUGAAGCUGCGAAAUGAAGUCUAUACACGCACAGAGCAACGACUCGGCAAGUUCAUGACAUCAGUUGUCGCGCGUCUGAAGGGAAUCAACGUUGAGAGUGUCGUUCCCGAGCUGUUAGAUGCUAGCAAAAAAGAGAUAGAUGACUUGAUCAAGAAGGCUCAUGAGGAUCACGCUUUCUUGGUACGACAAUUGCAAGACAAAUACAACGGUUCACGCUACUGGGAGGUCAUACCUUUGAAUGAGGUAUUCCGUGCGGUUCAGGAAAAGGUUGUCGAAUGGGACACCAUCUUCGCAGACUUUGAGCGAAAUUUCUUCCCAUCGGAGAAAGACAUCAAAAGACUGGCGACUCUACAACUCAAGAAGAUCUUCCUUGAUAAAGAUGCAACAGAGGUUACGGAUGACCCCCCUACAUACGCCAACUGA